AUUUCCCUCCAAGCCUGGCUCCGGUCCCCCCUGGGGAAGUCCCUCUCUGCGCCCGUGCCGGGCUCCAGCGAGUCUUCUCCAGUCGGCGUGGGCGGCAGGGAGCCCCCGCCUACUCCCUUUCAUAGCUGCUAGCGUGCCCCAGUCCCCGGCCCCCUCCUACUUCUUCCGAAGCUCCGAUGCCUCUCCACCUCUGAACACCCGCUCCCCACCUCUCAUUCCGACACUGAUUUCCUGUAAGCCCCGCCCCUGCUCGGGCGGGGCCGCCCCAGUUCUGCGUUCGCGGUUCCACUCGCCCUAGCUCCUCCCUCGGACCGCCCCGGCCUCGUACCCGACCGAGUCAGCACCGCCUCUCCUAGUCUCAACUGGUGGAUGUCUUCCGGCAAAAUCUUUUCCAGGAGGCUGAGGAAUUCCUCUAUAGCUUCUUGCCACAGAAGAUCAUGCACCUGAAUCAGCUCUUGCAAGAGGACUCCCUCAAUGUGGCUGACCUGACCUCUCUCCGAGCCUCACUGGACAUCCCUAUACCAGACCCCCCACCCAAAGAUGAUGAGAUGGAAACAGAUAAGCAAGAGAAGAAAGAAGUCCCUAAGUGCGGCUUUCUCCCUGGGAAUGAGAAGCUCUUGGCCCUGCUUGCCCUGAUUAAGCCAGAAGUCUGGACUCUCAAAGAAAAAUGUAUUCUGGUGAUCACGUGGAUCCAGCACCUGAUCCCCAAGAUUGAGGAUGGAAAUGACUUUGGGGUAGCAAUCCAGGAGAAGGUGCUGGAGAGGGUGAAUGCAGUCAAGACCAAAGUAGAAGCCUUCCAGACAACCAUUUCCAAGUACUUCUCAGAACGUGGGGAUGCUGUGGCCAAGGCCUCCAAGGAGACCCAUGUGAUGGAUUACCGGGCCUUGGUGCACGAGCGAGAUGAGGCAGCCUAUAGGGAGCUCAGGGCCAUGGUGCUGAAUCUAAGGGCCUUCUAUGCUGAGCUUUAUCAUAUCAUUAGCAGCAACCUGGAGAAAAUUGUCAACCCAAAGGGUGAAGAGAAGCCAUCUAUGUACUGACCCCAGGGCUAGAAGAGAAAUAAAUUACCAAUACUUUGUGUGGAUUA